AUGCCCCAGCAAACCAACAUUUCCCCCAAAGUAGCUUCUGCAGUCGCACCUGCUCGUGUCCGUGGGAAGAAGCACCUGGCCCUCGCGCAACAUCAUCGCAUCUACGAGCUUCUUCUGGAGAUAUGCGUCCAAGGCGAGCUAACCCGUGGCGCCAUGCUAUAUAUAGCACAACAGUUUCAGUGUGAGUCGCGGUCCAUCUCCCGUAUCUGGAGCCUUGGCCGUGCAUCCUCACGCAAUAGCAGGGGUGUUGCCGAUAUCGCGUCGAAAAUUCCAGGACGAGAACUGGCAGCCCGGUUCUGCAAAUCUAAACGCUUCAUUACUAAAGUGAUGUUUUUGGCGGCCGUGGCCCGCCCGCGUUAUGACUUUCACUGGAAGCAAAUGUUCGACGGGAAAAUUGGAGUUUGGCCUAUUGUGGAGUCUGUUCCAGCCAAACGGAACAGCAAAAACCGUUCGAAAGGAACAAUUGUUGUUUCCCCACAAUCCGUCGACGCAAAAGUAUAUUCGACGAUGGGUAUUGAGCAAGUAAUUCCUGCUAUCAAGUCAAAGUUUCCGUCUGCAGCUCUUGAGUCUGCCGUGUUGAUUCAACAAGACAAUGCCAGUCCACACAAAUGUUUAACGACGGACCGGUUAAUUGCAUACGGAAUUGGUGGAAUUGGAAUCGUGAACCAGCCCCCGAACAGCCCGGACUUCAAUGUGCUCGACUUAGGAUUCUUUAACUCUAUUCAAAGCCUGCAGUAUCAAAAGUGUACUCGUUCAAUCGAGGAGCUUAUUGAUGCUGUAAAAACAUCGUUUGUUGAGUUGCCCACUGAAACACUGGCAAAGACCUUCGUCACCCUUCAAAAGGUGAUGGAGAAGUCCAUUGAGAUCAAUGGUAGCAAUGAAUACAAACUGCCCCACAUGAAGAAGGAUGCCUCGAUUGCAAACCUCUCGUCCUUCCAUGUCCAGUGGGAUGCAACAAGCUACGAGAGCGCGCUAAUACACUUGAACAACACCCUGGCUGAAGAAGUGUACUUUGAAGCGAUGGUGAAUUCCCAGGAACAAGUAAUUUAA